UUGGUUUCCUGCUUGUUUUGUGUUCACUUUCAGCUGAUUUCGUCUUUUAAUUUGCUUGCUUGAUGCUUAAAUGAGAAUAAAUGCUGCUAAUUCUGCUUACCUUUGUGGUAGUUGUAGUUUUGCUCUCUCUUUUUGUUAACUUCUGCUGUUUAUCUUACUAUUCGACCAAUUAAUUUCUUGCACAUAGCUUCAUCUUUCCGUGUACCGUCUGUCAUUUGAAGAUUCUAUUUAUUUUUUUUUAUCUUGUAUUACUGCGGUUCAGUUCUUGGUUGAAUCUGAAGUUUAUAAUGCUUAAAUGAGGUUGGAUUGCUUUGAUUUUGACCAUGUCUCUUCCUUCUAGCACGAGAACGAUGUCUGAGAAGAUGACUGCUGAGGAUUUUAUUAAUAACAUUUCUGAAGUUCUUACUGAACAUGGUCAAAAGGGAAAAUCAGUUUCAUUUUUUGGGGAAGAUAGCAAAUCAAGUUCAGUGGCUGGUCAGAUCAAUCGGAUAUUUGGACGCCAAAAACCUGUUUACAAUCUUCUUGGGGGUGGAAAAUCUGCUGAUGUGCUCCUAUGGAGGAACAAGAAAAUCUCAGCUAGUGUUUUGACUGGUGCAACUAUUAUAUGGGUGCUUUUUGAAUGGCUUAAUUACCACUUCUUGACUCUUGUUUGCUUCGCUUUGGUUCUUGGUAUGUUGGCUCAGUUUAUGUGGACAAAUGCGUCAGGAUUUCUGAACAGAUCAUCGUCCAACGUUCCUCGCCUUGUUCUUCCCAAGGAACUAUUUGUCAAUAUUGCCGUUACGUUUGGUGCUGAGGUUAACCGAGCUCUCUGUUAUCUCCAAGAUAUUGCUUGUGAAGGAAAUUUGAAACACUUCCUUGUGGCCGUAGUGAGCUUAUGGGUUGGUGCUGUGAUUAGUAGCUGGUGCAAUUUCGUAACUGUCUUGUAUAUUGGCUUUGUUGCGGCCCAUACGCUUCCAAUUCUGUACGAGAAAUAUGAAGAUGAAGUCGACACCUUCGCAUAUAAGGUGUUCGAUCAGCUUUGCGGCCACUACCAAAAGUUCGAUUCAAGUGUCCUCAGCAAGAUUCCCAGAGGAGCUUUCAAGGGAAAGAAGUAUGAAUAAUAGAUCAUUUUCAACUGUCAACAAUGCCUAAACCAGCCCUAGUUUUUGCAUGGAAUUGGUUGUAUCAUAAGAUUUGGUAAAAUAUUAUCUACCUCAUGGUGAAAUCAUAGAGAGACCAAGUGGUAGAAAUGAAUCUUUAGUUUAAAUUUGUAUUUGCCAAUUUGCUGAAAUGGGAACCAUCUUUAACUGAUUCCUGCAGCUAUUAACUUCCAUUAUUUUAACUGCUUCACAUUCCUAUCCUUUUGACUUCAGCGCAUGAACUGUUGUGAACAAGGAAAUAGUUUUUCCCAGUUCAACAA